AUGAUCCGUUGGCAAUAUAUUGUGAUAAGUUUAUGUUUUUCCUACAAUCUAGUAAACAGUGCCGUUAUAGACAGUGAUGAUGUUGAUGAACAAGGAUUAUACAGUAAGUCCGACCAUGUCGUGAUAUUAACGAAUAAAAAUUUUGAUAAAAAAAUUUAUGGCCAAAAAAAUGCUUUUAUAGUACAGUUUUAUAAUAGUUACUGUGGCCAUUGUAGAGCAUUCGCACCAAAAUUUAAGGCUUUAGCUAAAGAGAUAAGAGCUUGGAGUGAAGUCAUUAAGCUUGCAGUUCUAGAUUGUUCUGUUGAAGAAAAUAACGAGAUAUGCCGGCAGUUCGAGGUCAUGGCUUAUCCCUCUUUACGAUAUUUACACGAAAACUAUGUGAAGGGUAAUUCAAAUGUAGGUGAGAAGUUUCAAUCUGCUGAAAGUGCUGCAAAAUUAAAAGAUCAAAUGAUAUUCAAAUUACAAAAUGAACAGCAAGCUGGGCAGUUAAAAAAUGCCCCUUCUUUGGAUAUUGAUUCUCAAGCCAACAUACAAACAAUGCCCACUGCAUCUGGAGUAACAUACACAUUUUUAAUUUUUGAAUCUCCCAAUUCAACUAUUGGCUCAGAAAUAGUUUUGGAUACCAGUGACUAUACUAAUAUAUUGAUCAAAAGAGUAUCUGAUACCAGUAAGUUGGCAGAAAGUAUUGGUGUAAAAGCUUUUCCUGCUGUGGCAGUUAUUGGACCUUCAAGAACUCCCAAUAUUCUCAACCCUGGAACUCCAACAAAAUCUAAUAUACUCAAAACUAUCAAUACAUAUUUAAGGACACAGAAUUUUGUAUUUCCUAAGCACCUUGAAUUUGAAGAUGUGGAUGAAUUAAAUGCUUUAAAAAAUAGGGAUUCAAGUUCCAUGUCUGCAGAUGCUGUUUUCUAUAGUGAUCUGGAAAAAACUUUAAAAACUAGUUUGCAUACUGAAAUUACAAGGCAUAAAGUUUUAAAUGGCGAACCACUUGAGGCCUUAUUGGAUUUUUUAAAUGUUUUAAUAGUAGCCUUCCCCUUUAGAGCCAAUAUGGAAGAGUAUAUACUUGAAUUACAUAGCAAACUUAGCUCAAAAAAUUCAUGGAAUGGAAAUGAAGUAUAUGAAUUAGUAAAAAAGUUAGAAACCUCACAUGCACCAGUAUUUUCAACCAAUGCAGAUUAUAUAAGAUGCAAGGGCAGUCAAAGUAAAUAUCGAGGCUAUACUUGUGGAUUAUGGACUUUGUUCCAUGUUCUAACUGUAAAUGCAGCAAGAAAACCAGGAUAUGAAGCCCCACAUGUUCUAAGAGCUAUGCAUGGUUAUGUCAAACAUUUCUUUGGUUGUACUGAAUGUUCCCAACACUUCCAGGCCAUGGCAGCUAGAAAUAGAUUGUUUGAUGUCAAGGAAAAUGAUAAAGCAGUUCUCUGGUUAUGGAUUUCUCAUAAUGAAGUCAACUUAAGAUUGGCCGGUGAUGUAACCGAAGACCCUGUUCAUCCAAAAAUACAGUAUCCAAGUGUAACAAAUUGUCCAGACUGUAGACUUUCAAGAGGAGCUUGGAAUUUGCCUGCAGUUUUUGAAUAUUUGCAAAAAAUAUAUGGUGCUAACAACAUUCACGAUGCAAGAUCAAUAGCCUCGGCAGCCACCUCUUCUGGGCCAUUCUCCAACCUGGACAUUGGAAUGUUAAGCCUCUUGUACUUAUUAUCUUUCUUUUUGCUUAUUUUAGUUAUAAAAUAUUAUAUAACUAGACAUUUAGUUAGAAAACGUAGAUACAAGCAUGCAUGGGGUAAAGUAUAA